GUGCAAGAUUUUUUAAGGAAAGUCCUAUUGCACAGCUAGACAGGCCAGGCAGUGUAUCACAGCAUGUAUUAGAAGUAGUAGUAUUUCUAUUUUUGUAGGUUUAUUUGCACCUGCGAUAUAGCAGCAAGCUCUGAGUGACCACUCUCCCUCUCUCUUUGUAGGUACCUUGUGCAGCAGCAUGAAUGCUGGUGAUAAAUUAGAAAGCAUCUUCCUUAAAUGCUGCCCCUCAAGCGACAUGCAGUCUGCCAGGGGCCUGACCGGCAUGGGAGAAGCAGAGCCGCCAUGUGCAGAAGCGGGCCUGGUGGAGAGGGCUGUACUGGCAGGACAAGAGGCUUUACAGGGGCGCGAAGAACUGAUGUCACAGGAUGAGCUCAUGGUGCAGGAGGAGACCGUAAAAAAUGAUGAGGAAGAGGUGGAAUCCCAGGAGAGAUUACUUCCCCAGGGACUGCAUUACACGGUCAGCCAUUUUACUAGGGAUUAACUGUUAAUUAUCUAGAAUUCUCCCCCAGUGACUGCAUCAGCCAUUUUAAUAGGGAUUAACCGUUAAUUAUCUAGAAUUCUCCCCCAGGGCUUGCAAUAUACAGUCAGCCACUUCCUAGGUGUAAGGGACAAUCCACCGUUAUAAAUACAUAUGAGUGUUUAAAACUACAGAUUGUCCCUGGUCCCUUAUAGAUUACUGGGCCCCCCAUAAAAGUUAAAUAAUAAAGUUAUGCCGCGGUAUUCCUGCUCUAGCCCCUUCUCCUUCAUAUAAAGACUGGACUGCUGAUUUUGGCCAAUCGGAUGUUUCUCCUUAUAGAAGCAUUGAGAAAACAGUAGUCGUCAUAAAGCACCAGUUGGAUUCUUCUAAAAAAAAAAAAAAAGGACUCCCAAUUCUUUUUUCUUUAUGGAGACCUAACUGUGUUCUGCGUUGUCAUACCUACAGGUUUUAAAGUCUUCCGUGGGAAAACGUGUCUGAUUGACAGCCGUUAGAGAAACACUGUCUGACAAAUGUAAACAGUGCUGUUUUCUCAAACGGCAGUGCUUCCAUUUGGCAGGCUGCAUGUACAAGAUCCAGGCAUCAAGAUGACUACAUUAAGCUGUAGUUGUUUUGGUGUUGAGAAUGUCACUUUCUCCAUUUAUUUACUAAUAGUCUCCCUGGGACUGUAGCACAAAGUCACCAUCUUACUGGUCUCCCCCAAUCACUAUACCAUAUAAUAAGCCUUCUUAAUGGUAGUUAACCAUGUUUGAACUAGAAAACUCCUCCGACUGCUGCAGAUGGUCAGCCAACGCGUGUUAACUAUUUAUCAGCCCACCCUUUUACGGGGGAUUAACCACUGACUCUACAUGUCUCUCACUGCAGCACACUGUCAGCAUAUUGAGGGUUAACAAGUUGUUGUAAAGCUGUCCUAGAAAGCCAUGUUAUAGUGUAUACUGGAUAAAUGAAAGUCAUUAGUUCGUACGGUGUACACCCCAGGUUAGAAGUCAGCAGUAUUAGUAAUACGAGCAGUAUUCUGGGAAUACACAAUAUCCAGCGCCCUAACUUACCCACUAACCCGCAAAGCUUGCCGGUUUUAUUUGAGCAGUAUUCUGGGGGAUUUCUUACACCAUCUAGGAACUAUCAGUGAGUCGUAGACUUCUAUUCUGCUUCCUCCCAGGUUCAUGUGAAGCAAGAAAUGAAAUUCCAAGAGGAACCGGAUUGUCAGAUAAUGGAGAAUAUGCAGGUUCUGGAGCCGGUGGAUUUACAGAAAAAGAAGAAAAGAAAGCAGCGAUCUCCGGCCAAGGUACUAGACACCUUGCCCGGCCCUAGAACAGACAGACUAGCCCCUUUAUUCCAGGUCAUUAUCCUCACUGCUGGCCUUAAACACACAGUCUGUCUGACACUCUCCAGGGGUCCUCACUGCUGCCAUUAAACACACAGUCUGUCUGACACUCUCCAGGGGUCCUCACUGCUGCCAUUAAACACACGGUCUGUCUGACACUCUCCAGGGGUCCUCACUGCUGCCAUUAAACACACAGUCUGUCCGACACUCUCCAGGGGUCCUCACUGCUGCCAUUAAACACACGGUCUGUCUGACACUCUCCAGGGGUCCUCACUGCUGCCAUUAAACACACGGUCUGUCCGACACUCUCCAGGGGUCCUCACUGCUGCCAUUAAACACACGGUCUGUCCGACACUCUCCAGGGAUCCUCACUGCUGGCAUUAAACACACGGUCUGUCCGACACUCUCCAGGGGUCCUCACUGCUGCCAUUAAACACACAGUCUGUCUGACACUCUCCAGGGGUCCUCACUGCUGCCAUUAAACACACGAUCUGUCCGACACUCUCCAGGGGUCCUCCUUGCUGCCAUUAAACACACGGUCUGUCUGACACUCUCCAGGGGUCCUCCUUGCUGCCAUUAAACACACGGUCUGUCCGACACUCUCCAGGGGUCCUCACUGCUGCCAUUAAUCACACGGGCUGUCCGACACUCUCCGGGGGUCCUCACUGCUGCCAUUAAACACACGGGCUGUCUGACACUCUCCGGGGGUCCUCACUGCUGCCAUUAAACACACGGUCUGUCUGACACUCUCCAGGGGUCCUCACUGCUGCCAUUAAACACACGGUCUGUAUCGACACUCUCAGGGGUCCUCGGUUGCUUAUUCAGCACGGUCUGUCCGACACUCUCCAGAGUCCCUCCUGCUGCCGGCAUUAAACACGCGGUCUGUCAGGCCUCUCAGGGGUCCUCCUUGCUGCCAUUGAACCCCACAGUCUGUCCGACACUCUCCAGGGGUCCUCAUUGCUGCCAUUAAACACACGGUCUGUCCGACACUCUCCAGGGGUCCUCACUGCUGCCAUUAAACACACGGUCUGUCUGACACUCUCCAGGGGUCCUCCUUGCUGCCAUUAAACACACAGUCUGUCCGACACUCUCCAGGGGUCCUCACUACUGCCAUUAAACACACGGUCUGUCCGACACUCUCCAGGGGUCCUCACUACUGCCAUUAAACACACGGUCUGUUCGACACUCUCCAGGGGUCCUCCUUGCUGCCAUUAAACACACGGUCUGUCUGACACUCUCCAGGGGUCCUCCCUGCUGCCAUUAAACACACGGUCUGUCCGACACUCUCCAGGGGUCCCUCCCCUUGCUGCUAAACACCACGGUCUGUCCGACGCUCCUCCAGGGUCCUCUGCACCAUUAAACCUACGGUCUGUCCGACACUCUCAGGGGGUGCUCACUGCGCGGCUCAACUUGCACGUUCAUCUGACGCUCUCCGGGGGUUACUCACCCCGCUGCCCAUUAAACACACCCGUCUGUCAAACUCACGGGGGUCCUCACUGCUGCCGUAAACUACCGCGGUCUGUCUGACACUCUCCAGGGUCCUCACUGCUGCCAUUAAACACCGCGGUCUGUCCGACACUUCUCCAGGGGUCCUCACUGCUGGCAUUAAACACAGGGUCUGUCCGACACUCUCCAGGGGUCCUCCUUGCUGGCAUUAAACACACGGUCUGUCCGACACUCUCCAGGGGUCCUCCUUGCUGCAUUAAACACACGGUCUGUCCGACACUCUCCAGGGGUCCUUACUGCUGCCAUUAAACACAGGGUCUGUCCGACACUCUCCAGGGGUCCUCCUUGCUGGCAUUAAACACACGGUCUGUCCGACACUCUCCAGGGGUCCUCACUGCUGCCAUUAAACACACGGUCUGUCCGACACUCUCCAGGGAUCCUCACUGCUGGCAUUAAACACACGGUCUGUCCGACACUCUCCAGGGGUCCUCACUGCUGCCAUUAAACACACAGUCUGUCUGACACUCUCCAGGGGUCCUCACUGCUGCCAUUAAACACACGAUCUGUCCGACACUCUCCAGGGGUCCUCCUUGCUGCCAUUAAACACACGGUCUGUCUGACACUCUCCAGGGGUCCUCCUUGCUGCCAUUAAACACACGGUCUGUCCGACACUCUCCAGGGGUCCUCACUGCUGCCAUUAAACACACGGUCUGUCCGACACUCUCCAGGGGUCCUCACUGCUGGCAUUAAACACACGGUCUGUCCGACACUCUCCAGGGGUCCUCACUGCUGGCAUUAAACACAUGGUCUGUCCUCACUGCUGGCAUUAAACACACGAUUUGUCCGACACUCUCCAGGGGUCCUCCUUGCUGCCAUUAAACACACGGUCUGUCUGACACUCUCCAGGGGUCCUCCUUGCUGCCAUUAAACACACGGUCUGUCCGACACUCUCCAGGGGUCCUCCUUGCUGCCAUUAAACACACGGUCUGUCCGACGUUCUCCAGGGGUCCUCAAUGCUGGUGGUGUUUCCGACACUCUCCAGGGGUCCUCGCUGUUUGUAAUCAGACAUUGGAUUAGGAAGGGAUGAGUUUGAAGGGGGUUAGGGGUUUAUUGUUAGCUGUGAUUAUUGAUGUGAAUAGAUUGUUAUCGGGAAAUGUAUUUCUUUUUAGAUCCUCACUAUUAAUGAAGAUGGCUCGCUGGGCCUGAAGAUCCCAAAGUGCCAUGUUUGUGAGCACUGCAAUGCAGCCUUCCGAACCAACUAUCACCUUCAGAGACACGUCUUCAUCCACACAGGUACCACGGGCCAUGUCCGCAAAGUCCCCAUGCUCUCUGAACUCUUUCAUGCAGAAGCUUUAACAAAUGCAUGAACCGGUUUCCUUUCAGUGAUGCAAUGUUUGCUGCUUGGGAUUCUGUGGCGGUUAGUGACAGUGGCAGUAAACGUGGCAGAUGCGUGUUAAAACAUGCAUACAUAUUAAUUCUAGGUGACAAAUUAUUCUUGUUCCUGUAAAUCCAACUGGUUUGCACUUGGGUAAUAGGUUUGAAAGGAUGGAUUUGGGAGCUUUCUUCCCGAGUUGCAAUAAAUGGUGGCACUUUUCAAACAGCUCUUUACGGAGCAUUGUGUUUGUUUAGAUCCAAUGUCCACUUUGUUUGACAGCUUUAAACCCCAGUGACUGUCACUGUAAAUGUGUGUAAUCAUUGCAUUCCGCCCAGAUCACUGCAAUAUUGGAAUCUGUGCUGCUUUUCCGCACUGUUACUGGCCUCGGCCCAAUCUGCUAUCUCUGUAGGAUGAACUUCUAAAUACCAUCACAGCAACAAUUGUGUAUAACUCUGUUAACCUGUGCAAGCCCCCUGUUCUGCACCUUUGGUUCUCUAUGCAGCAUGAAUUGUGUCUGUGCACUUUGUACUAGUCUUACUGUCUGUCUACCACUGAAGUUAAAUUGUAACGUCAGUGGUUUUUGGCAGUUAGUGAUUGAUAAAACUACAGAUCUGGGCAUAAAAUACACUAUAGAUGGGCUUCUACUCAUUGAAUUAAAUGGCCGGAUUCUUCUUUUUACCAAAACACAUUGUGGUUCAGCUCUGCCUUCCAUAGGGGAAUCCAUGUGUCUUCCAUGUGAGCUAUCUUGGUUAGGCCUGUAGCUGAGCAAUAUCACAUAAGCAAUUGACUUAUCUUCAGUACUCACAUGGCAUGCUGGGAGACCUUGUUUGUCGGAGAUCAGGGCAAGUGCUGAAGAGAUUCCAUGCUGCUUGAUUUGGUAUGAAAUGGUGGUACUCAGCGUGAGAGUGUAUCACAAGAUAUAUAGCAGGGAGUAAUACCGGCAGGGAAUCUGGGAACAGGGAUUCAUCAUUUGUACAAUUUUGUGAGAGAGGGAAGUCCGUGACCAGUACUAGGGGGAGUCAAAGAGAGGUUGGGGAGUCUUGACAUGUUCUAUGGAAUUUCAGGAAAAGUACAGGGAAUCUUCACACGUUCUAGGAGGUGUUUGUGAAGGCUUGGGGAAUGUUGACCAGUUUUGGGGGAGUUCAGGAGAGCUCUGGGAAUCUUGACCAGUUUUUUGGAAUUUUGUGAAUCUUGACCUAUUUGGGGGGAGCUUGGGGUACCUUGACCAGUUUAAGGGGGAGUUGUGGGAAGCUUUGGGAAUCUUAUUGAGAGGGAGGAAGGGAGAUAUCGGGGUGCACUGGCCAGUCCUAGAAGAGAGCGUGACCUUUGAGGUGGGAUAGUGUUUACAUAGUUCAGAGUGUAAUUGAUGGCUGUGGAUUGUAUUGUUCAAGGUGAGAAACCGUUUCAGUGCAGUCAGUGUGACAUGCGUUUCAUACAGAAGUAUCUGCUGCAGAGACACGAAAAGAUCCACACCGGUGAGUAACGCCGCUUUGCUUUCUGGAUGCUGUGUUUGAUGCCUCUAUGUUUUGCUGUUAAUCGUGAUGGAACCGUGUGAUGCUGUUUUCUCCCAUUAAACGCCAUUCUAAAAUGCAAGCUGUCGAUGUCUUAGCAGAUUGCAUUCUGUGGUAUGUUAGGGCCCAGAUGUGGGGUACGAGGCAGAGCUUCCAACACUGCAGUGAUUAGGGUAGAUAUUGACAAUGGCGUCUCCGACAUGAAACUAAAACUGCAUUAUGAGAAGGAAGCCAGAGACAAUCAGUAAAGACUCGAUGAUUUAACGUAAUGUGACUUAAUUUUCAUGUUAAUUCUACGAGGCUUGUUUUAACCCCCCUCCAGUGUUUCCUGUAAUAGACUUUUAAAAUGACCGCUUUUAACUUUCCAAAUGAAGAUUGCUUGUAUUAGACUUUAAGAAUGUCUUAAUAUUAGGGAAAUAAUGAAUUCUGGGUUUUCAGUAGGGCUCGAACAAAUGUAUUAUUUUAUGUAAAAAAUACAAAGAGCGAGGCUUCUGAGAAGGUUACAGCCCUCAUUGUGAUCAGACUGUAGCGUCUGCUCUUUUUAGGGUAUACCUACCGGCCUCGGUAUUGCAUUUAGGCCGUGGGUCUCAUUGGCGUGGCUUGCAGUGCAGUUAGUGUCCUUUUAGCAAAGCUCACAGGGUAAUAAUAGGGUCUCAUUUAUUCUAACUGGCAGGACCCCCGGCAAGGAAAGCAGCUUUCUAAGCUUUGAGUUCCCAGCUGCUCAGUGCUUCCAGUUAUAUCAUAAUUUAUAUUGGAAUGAUCUUAAAUUUCUACUCUAACCGUGUGUUUGAUGCUUUGUACAGGAGAGAAACCAUUCCACUGCGAUGAAUGUGGCAUGCGUUUCAUUCAGAAAUACCACAUGGAGAGGCACAAACGAACACACAGCGGGGAGAAACCCUACCAGUGCGAGUACUGUCUGCAGGUUAGAAUACUUAUUGUAAUACCAGUGAAAAGUAUUUAGUAAUACUAAUGUGAGUACUAUCUGGAGGUGAGAGUAUUUAUUGUACUGAAAGACCUAGUACUGUCUGCUGAGGACAAUAUUUACGUUCUUUAUAAUAACGUUAGUGUGAGCACUGUCUGCAGGAGAGCGUAUUCAUGGCAAUACCUGUAUUAAUACUGCCUGCCUGUGAGAGUAUUUAUAAUAACAGUGAGAAUAUUGUCUGCAGGCGAGAGUAUUUAUAAUAAUAUCAGUGAGAGUAUUGUCUGCAGGCAGGAGUAUUUAUAAUAAUAUCAGUGAGAGUAUUGUCUACAGGUGAGAGUAUUUGUAAUAAUACCAGUAAGGGUAUUGUCCGCAGGUGAGAGUAUUUAUAAUAAUACCAGUGUGAGUAUUGUCAGUAGGUGAGAGUAUUUAUAAUAAUAAUACCAGUGAGGGUAUUGUCUGCAGGUGAGAGUAUUUAUAAUAAUACCAGUGAGAGUAUUUAUAAUAAUACCAGUGUGAGUAAUAUCUGCUGGUGAGAGUUUUUAUAAUAUCAGUGAGUUAUAUCGGGAGGAUGAGAGUAUUUAUAAUAACACCAGUGUGAGUAUUGUCCGCAGGUGAGAGUAUUCAUAAUAAUACCAGUAAGAGUAUUGUCCACAGGUGAGAGUAUUUAUAAUAAUACCAGUGAGGGUAUUGUCCGCAGGUGAGAGUAUUUAUAAUAAUACCAGUGAGAGUAUUUAUAUUAAUACCAAUAUUUAUAUCAGUGUGAGUAAUGUCGGCAGGUGAGAGUAUUUAUAAUAUCAGUGAGUAUUUUUGAAAGGUGAGAGUAUUUAUAAUACCAGUGUGAGUAAUGUCAACAGAUGAGAGUAUUUAUAAUAAUAUCAGUGUGAGUAAUGUUUGCAGAUGAGAGUAUUUAUACCAGUGUGAGUAAUGUCGGCAGGUGAGAGUAUUCAUAGUAAUACCAGUAUGAGUAAUGCCGGCAGGUGAGAGUAUUCAUAGUAAUACCAGUGUGAGUAAUGUCGGCAGGUGAGAGUAUUCAUAGUAAUACCAGUGUGAGUAAUGUCAGCAGGUGAGAGUAUUCAUAGUAAUACCAGUGUGAGUAAUGUUGGCAGGUGAGAGUAUUUAUAAUAUCAGUGUGAGUAAUGUCAGCAGGUGAGAGUAUUUAUAGUAAUACCAGUGUGAGUAAUGUCGGCAGGUCAGAGUUUUUAUAAUAAUAUCAGUGUGAGUAAUGUCGGCAGGUCAGAGUAUUUAUAAUAAUACCAGUGUGAGCAAUGUCGGCAGGUGAGUGUAUUUAUAGUAACACCAGUGCACAUGCUAUAAGAAUAAUCUCCUAUUUUGUAUAUUACAAUAGUAAGAUAAUUCAUACAAUCUGGUAGUUUGCAUCUGUCGGGAACAGUGGGGGAAGCAAACCCCCCCAGCAGUAAGUAAGAGUGAAAUGACAGAUUGAAUCUUUUUUCUCUUAUUUGUGACCAUUCACAAGCAGAGAAUGAGCUUAUAUCUCCAUUGUAAUCUCCUGUGGAACUGUUUGUAGCUGUCAGUCAGUCCUCGCUUGGGCAUGUGAUGAGUCAAAAUGUGUCUGUGUUAAUGCCUGUGUUUCACUUUUUUCCUCUUUUUGCAGUAUUUCUCAAGAACAGACAGAGUACUUAAACACAAGCGCAUGUGCCAUGAAAACCGGGAACGGAAGCCUGGAAAAUGUGCCAGCAAAGGGGGGCUUCUUUCUCCUGAUGUGGGUGAUCUUGGCUUCUCAGCUGUGCCCAAAGACGGACAUUUACUGAAAAAGAAACCAAAAAUUGACAAAAUGAAGUUUCUGGGACUUGGUGAGAAAGAAGGAUCUCUGGAUAAACUGGAUCAGAAGAACGACUUUUUGCCCUUGUUCCCUGACAGCACCAAAGUAAAAGACGAGUACAUGGUGGCAGAGUAUUCUGUAGAAAUGCCCCACACAUCCGUCAGCGGACUGCACUUACAGGAAAGCGUGUCCGGGGACUCAAACCCACCUAAAUUGCUGCUGAAAAAGGUGAGCAGCAAGAAGAGCAUUAAGCAGGCAAUGGACCACAGCCAGGCCAUGUCUCCACUGUCCGCUUUUGAUGAUGGCAAAGUGGCCAAGUAUACAUUUGAACUAGUGGACAAGCAAGCGUUGCUGGACUCUGGAAGCAAUUCAGAUAUGGACCACGGAGACCCCAUGCAGGAAGGGACCAGCAAACAAUCAAACAGCAGUGUCAGUUAUGACGAGGCUAUGCAGUUCUCCAAGAAGAAGAGGUACUUACAAGCAGCCACCAGCAACCGGGAAUAUGCCCUUAAUGUGGGAACCAUGGCGUCCCAGCCAUCGGCAACGCAGGCAGCCGUGGCCAGUGUUAUGGAUGAUAGCGGAGCUGCAGCCCUGAUUGAUGCCCAAGCGCUUACUGUGGAUAUAAAAACACACCAUGAUAAAAAUGUCAUCCCCGAUGAGGUACUGCAGACACUACUGGAUCACUAUUCACACAAAGCUAACGGCCAGCACGAGAUCUCGUUCAGUGUGGGGGAUGCGGAAGUGACGUCCAGUAUUUCCAUCAAUUCCUCUGAGGUGGGAGAAUCCAGCCAGACUGAAAGCCUGGGGGCCACAUCACAAGUCCCGUCCUCAGACAAGGCCAGCAUGCUGCAGGAGUACUCAAAGUUCUUGCAGCAGGCAUUGGACCGGACUAGCCAAAAUGAUGCUUAUUUAAACAACACAAGCCUUAGCUUUGUCACUGAAAGCCCAGGUCUUGCCAGCCCGGCCACUUUCCCCUCACUGGACAAACAGGUCUACGCAACUUUACCGAUUAGUAGCCUCCGGCCGGGUCUGGUGGGCCCACUGAGAGUGACUUCAGAAAAAUCUCACUUUGGGCUGAUCGUCACUGACUCUCCACACUCUUUCACUUUUGAGGCAGAUGAUGGGAGCCACACAUCCCCUGCCCCCUCUUCCUCAGCACAGGACUUUCUAGAUCAAGUGACAGGUCAGAAGAAGGCAGAGUCUCAGCCUGUCUCCCAGGCGUACCAGCUGAAUGCCUUUGAGCAGCCAUUUCGAGCUCAGUACCAUGGUACACGUACUGGGAUAUCACCUCAGUUUAGCACUGCUAAUGGACAGGUGAACCUGCGGCAGCCAGCCACCAGUGCCGAUUUCCCAGAAUUCUCCUUGGUGAAUGUAAAUGAGACAAGAACCCAGCUGUCUUCUACCCCUGACACAGCGGCUAGUCAAAACUUUGGCUAAUGCCCCUAUCUAACCUGAGGCAAUACUGAACUUUUUAAAGCGCCAAAAGCCCUUCAUUCAAGCAGCUGUGUUAAAUGAGCAGAUUCUGUGCUCCUGUUGCUCCCCACUUUGAAGUCUAAAUGUUGUAGCAUAUAUUAAUACACUUUCAGCUCCUAUUGCGCCCUCUACUCAUGCACUUGACAGUAACCUGCUUAAUCUACCGGGCUUACAUGGUCACUGACCUCGGUGCACAUCUCACUGUCAGCACCCUGCUAACAAGGUCUGGCUAAAUAGUACCCAGGUAUGGCCAGAGUCACGCACUUACUGUCUGCAGGAGUAAAGAGACUGAGAUGAGCUGCCUAAACUUGGCCUUCUCAGGGAACUGGCUCUAGGUACUGGAACUGUAUACAAGAUAUGGGGAUCCAUCUUAGUGGGCGAUGGAGGCUCGCGAUACUCUUUGAUGGCUUUGGAGGAGCCGGUGCUUUGCUCCUCAUUAACACUUUGGUGUGGGGCCUAGGAGGGAACACCUCAGGGAGUGGUGUAAGAGGGUUCUGUGCCGUGCCCGCUCAGGGUACACAUCAAGGAGCAGAUUAGGAGGGGUCUGUGCCAUGCCCGCUCAGGGUACACAUCAAGGAGCAGAUUAGGAGGGGUCUGUGCCAUGCCCGCUCAGGGUACACAGCAAGGAGCAGAUUAGGAGGGGUCUGUGCCAUGCCCGCUCAGGGUACACAGCAAGGAGCAGAUUAGGAGGGGGUCUGUGCCGUGCCCGCUCAGGGUAAGCCUUGGCCCUUUGAUGAGACUGUACAUCAUCACUCACAUUACAAGACGGAGGUUCCUGUAUUCCUUGGGUCUGUUAAUUGCAGUAAUGGAAGUAAAUUCAUUUAUAACUGACCCUCCAAAGACUAGGCCAUGAGUACAAGCAGCCUCCAUAGCACUAUAUUAAGGGGUGUUUGAACCGGUACAGGGGUCUUUGCUAAUGCUGACCUUACCUGUUAAAGGUUUUAAAAUUGAGUAUAAGGCACUUUACAGGAGAUCUGUUCCACAUGGUUUAAUAUCAGUUACAGACUGCAAGGUUAUAUUCAUUGUCCAUACACCUCCUGCUCCAGUGGACACGUGAGUCCAUACUGCGAAUAUUUGGCCACCUUUCUACCUGGUGAGAUUGUAGGUCAAUUUUUAUUUUGUUUGUUUUUUUUGCUUUAUGGAUCUCCAGCGUUUUCUUAGACUUGCUUUACUCAUGUGACAAAUGCACUCACUGAAAGACACACAUUUUCUUAAAGCACUUAUUGUGUUUCAGACGUGCAUUUGUCCAUAUUGAUGCAAUACACUUUUAUCUCUUAAUAGCUUUCAUGCACAUAUGUGUGGUGUGUAUAAUAUAUACAUGCACAUUGAUUUAUGUAUACCCAUACCUUGCUAUGUGUUCACAUAAAUCUGAUUUCAGCACACCCCAAACAAGGACUGAUUAUUUUGUUGACAAUUUGUUUUGCUUUUCUGUUUCAUGCAAGUCAUUGAGAGAUGCCGUUUAGGCGUCUCCCAGUAUCGUUAAACUACAUCAGGCAGUGUGAAUGUCACGUGGUCCCAGUGUGAAAUGUCAUGAGGUCCCAGUGUGAAUGUCACCGGGUCCCAGUGUGAAUGUCACGGGGACCCAGUGUGCAUGUCACGGGGUCCCAGUGUGAAUGUCACAGGGUCCCAGUGUGAAUGUCACGGGGUCCCAGUGUGAAUGUCACGGGGUCCCAGUGUGAAUGUCACGGGGUCCCAGUGUGAAUGUCACGGGGUCCCAGUGUGCAUGUCACCGGGUCCCAGUGUACAUGAAAAUAUGAAAAGGAAAUUGUUUUACUCAAAAGUUUCUAUUUUUAAGUGAGAUUUUGUCACUUUCUUAGGGCCUACAAAUAUACACAGAGCAAGACGUCACUCUGUUAUUAUUCUCGUCGUGUUUUUAUCCUAAUGUUUUGGUUAUUUUUAACUAGAUUCUUUUCUGGGUAUCUCCAAAUUUUAUAGCAUCGCACCUAAUGGAGUUUUCAUUUUGUUUUUGUUUUUUUUAUUCCUUUGGGAAAUGAACUCAGUAUGAGCUUGUAGAGUCAUUUCAACCAGCAAAAUCGCAUUUCCAACUAGUGAAAUGAAUGAAGUUAAUUUUAGCACUUUUAUAAUUCUAAUGUGGACUUUGGGUAAACUGCUUGUUUCUCAUAUUAAACAGUAGAAAAUAUUUUUAUUGGAAAGCAGUGCAUUUAGGCUCGAAGGGCAGACGUGUAAAGCUUCACCUUGGAGUUGUUGCCUUUGUAAAUACUCACAGGGGGUCCAUCUGAUCAAAUAUGGCUAAACAUCCCGUUAAUCCCUGUUGGUUUUAUGAACGAAGCACCUGUAGGGAUAAUAUGUCUGAUUCAGUGGGAGGAGUUAUAAUGGAUACACCGUCAGUAGGAGGAGUUAUAAUGGAUACACCGUCAGAGGGAGGAGUUAUAAGGGAUACACCGUCAGUGGGAGGAGUUAUAAUGGAUACACCGUCAGUGGGAGGAGUUAUAAUGGAUACACCUUCAGUGGGAGGGUUUAUAAUGCAUACACCUUCAGUGGGAGGAGUUAUAAUUGAGAUACCUUCAGUGGGAGGAGUUAUAAUUGAGAUACCUUCAGUGGGAGGAGUUAUAAUUGAGAUACCUUCAGUGGGAGGAGUUAUAAUUGAGAUACCUUCAGUGGGAGGAGUUAUAAUUGGGAUACCUUCAGUGGGAGGGGUUAUAAUGGAGGCAUGCUCAAGUCAGGUAGACAAAUUGUUACCGUUAUGGAUUUUUCAGUUUUGGCUAAAUUCAAAUCAGGUAGAAUUAUUCCUAACCGAUGACUCGAGUAUUUUUUAAAAUGAAUACUUUGAAAAUAAUCUCAAAAUAUUGGACAGUAAUCACUUGGACUUGUAUAGCUGAUUCCUGGAUGUACGUGUUUUGAGAAAGAUUUAGCUUGUGAUCACAGAAUCCAGAAACCCACUGUGUGCAGGUUCCCCCCAAUAAGCCACUUGGUAUUGUACUGCCCCCAGUAAGGAGUGAGGUUUGUGUAAAUUGUAUCUUGGAAAUGUGGCAUAUGCUGUGGCAGAGUUUCCAUUUCACUAAUUGCCAUGAUAUACUUUGUAUAAUUUGUAUUUGCUAUCGCUCUGUAAAUCCUGGGCCGCGAUUGGUGCCAGCCCUUCCUCCAAUGCCAGGCAGUGUGUGGUCAGUCCCAACAUUUCACAUUGGCAAUGAAUCCAAUUCCAACGCCAGUUACUUGGAACCGAGUAUCCUGCGAUUGCACUUAACACAAAUAUAGCACUUAAACCUUUUAUUUUUCAUUUUGUGUAUAAUGGGAUUGAAUUAGAACUGUUCUAUAUUAUUCUUUUUGCUUUGGAAACUUGGAACCAAUUUCUAGCACUAAGCUGCACAUUCAGAUAAUUGAAAAUGGCACGUGGAAUUUGCUAUUUGGGGGGAGAUUGUCUGAUACAGUGACUGGUGUUCUAAUACACAGCGCUGUGCAUCAGGAGACGGUUCUCUUCAUUGCAGCCGUAGAGAGAGCUGCUCCAUGCCUGGUGUAUCUCAGUAUGUUUGCCAUCAUUUUAUUGCUAUUAUUGCUAUUUUUCAGAUCCUUGCAAUUUAAAGCAAUCACCUGCAUGAGCCUCGCACUUAACUUUUUACAUAAAUCCCUCAAUCCUAAAGGGGCCACGCAGAACAAAGGGCUUUAUUAUUUACUAAGCUGGGAAGGGAAAACUGAGUCAAUCCUCCAGCUCAGCCAUUCUAGCUUGAAAUUUGAAAUCCUAGAGUUGUGGUUAAACUUCCCUCUGGUUUUUAGCUGCUAUAGGACAGUUACGUUACACAAAGUGUAUAAUAUUGGGAUUAUCUAUGAGAAUUAGCACCUUAUUUCAAAAAUUCUAAAUGCCAUUAAGUUAUUUUAAAAGUGUAGCAAUCUAUUUUACCCAGGUCAGAUUCGGCUGCUUAUACCAAGGCAGGUUAGCAGUCUGUUCAGUAUAACCCCUCACUGUGUGGGCUUUAUCCAUGGAAGUCAGCGGCCAGCACUUUGUAUCAGUAAUAUACUGUCACCGUAAUUAUCCAAAAAUAUUAGGACAAAUAUAAUAUUAAAAAGGUCUUCCUAGGAAUUCUGUAGAAAUCGCCCCCCUGCCCCAUUCCUCCCCAUGUGUUUGUUUUUUUCAUUUUUGAUAAUUUAAAGAAUGGAUAAUUAUACAAGCGGCACAAUAUAUUAAUUGUGGAUUAUUGUAGCAGCGGCUAUGGUGCUCCCCAUUUAAAGUUUAUGGAAAGUCACCGAGUUUUUAUUGUAUUUGAAAAAUAGUUAAAGUGGGUAUAGGGAAUAUAUAUAUGCAUCAAAGAUUACAUGAUAUCUACACUUUAAAGUUAAGACAAAUAACAUCUAUAUAUAUGACAAAACUAGAAAUCUGGGGUAUGACUGAAUGCAAAGUCCAGAAUUCAGAUUUUAUGACGGUACCCACUUGGGAUGAAUGGCUUUCCCAGGGUUUCCAUUGGGUCAGUGCCAGAGUGAUGGAGUGUAGGGAGAAGGUAAGUGGGAUUGAUGGAAAGAUUGACAUUCAUUUUAAACCAAGACCUUCGUGAAUGGCAACUCCCAUUCCUUCGUACACUGUGACAUGUCCAGGGGGCCACAUUCUCACUGUGCAUCUACUGACUGCUGGAUUUAAGCACAAACAACCCCAUCUGCAAAAUAUCCUCGCACAGCAUUCUCACAUGGCUCACCUUUCUGUGUUUAAUUCGUGCCUUUUUUUCGCAGUUUGGAAAGUCAUAGUUGUCGACAGAAGACUCAGUGGUGCAGUGGCCACAAUUUGAUGAAAUCUGCAAGGGCCGGCAAAAUAAAAUAAAUACACAGAACAAAACAUCUCCAUUUCUGUUGAAUAUCGCACAUCCCGUAGGUCUCACAUGCUUCUAUGAAACUCUGUAAUCGUCUCAAAGCAGGAAAGAAGGAAUCUGAUGUUAAGUGAUUGGAUUGUUAGAUUCGCUAACAUUGUAGGAUGCAAUUUAUCAAAAAUGGGAUGUUUAAUAUCCAAAAUGCUAUCGUACGUUUUAAGUACUUUUAAAAAACGAUGUGUGUUCACCUUGAAAGAUGUGGAAUGGGUACAUUAAGCUGUUUGUUCUAAAUUCAAGGAGAUCAUCUGUUAUAUUUGUUCCUGCCCAGCACAGGUUUCAUUGCAGUCACCGUACGGAACGUCCGUGUCGUCUAAUUCUGCUGGGUGCCUUCGUUGAUUGCCAGGCGCUAGUGGGGGCAAAUUAAUGUGCUUAGUUAGUAAACAUGUCCUGUGUUAUUACUUAUUGAACAUUCAGGGGCUUCUGAACCUCGAGAUUUUAUCUUAUGGGUAGAUUAGUAUUUGAGGUUUAAAUGCUGACAUGUUUAUAGUAUGAAUCUCAUCACUGACUUUUUAGCAGAAUUUCUUCUUGAUGUGAGUAAUGACGGCAAAGCAGACAUGUCUAUUUUUAUAUUUGAAGCCACAUGGACUCUGUUCUCAGAGAUCUAGUAUAUAAUGUGAAUGAAUUGCAUAAACCGUGUCUGGACACAGUGUUGCUGACAAUCACAGUGUGCGUUCUGUCCCUGGAGCUGCGUCCUUGUACAUUUCACAUAUUUUUACAGCUUUCUGACCAGCAGUGUCGUGGCUCGGAGGUAAAGCCUUGUCACGUUUAUUUAGAUUUAAGCAAUAUGCGAACUGUUUCAAUAAAGAGAGUAGGUUGCUGUAAUUUCGAUGCAUAAAACGACCCUUCAUUGUUGUGUCUGCUCCUUCCUUUGUAAGAAUGUUUGACUUCUGUAACGUAGCCCCUCACUAAAACGCAAUCUGUGUGCGCUGGGUGUUAUUGUGACCAGUGUCUAAUGGGGGUGGUAUACAGUUCCUGACCACAGAUGUGUUUGCCUCCGAGCGGUGAAUUAUAAAUUCCAUCCAUGGACAAUUCACAGCAUUUAGAAAUAAGUUGACGUGUUUGAGUCACCUUUUGAAAAUCAGUCUAUGGGGACUGGCUUUUACUAUAAACAAGGGGGAUUUAAAAUGUUUUUGGACUUAGCACUGUUUUUUUCCAGUUUACUAUAAUCUUUCAUUAUCUAACAGACUGCUAAUGUCAUGAUAUCAAGCACAGCGAAGCAGGAUCACAUAUCAAGAAGGUUCAAAUAGCUACUUAUUACUCAGUGUUACUGCAGCAAGAAAUUGCACCAUUUUCUAGGAACCGAAUAAAGAAUGUUUCAGGAAAGGUGAAAUAAAGGCUGUGUUCUGAUUGGGCGAUGGAUGUCUUCAUCCAAUCAGAAAACAACUGGAAUUUAAAUCCUGGUCAGUGACCAGAGUGCACUGUAGAUCAGAAUGCAGUAAUGUCUGCCCCCAAUAAACUAAACAAGUUCAAUAACUUCUACAAUUCGAACGUCUCCACAUAUUAGAAAAUAAAUGUUUAUUCGAGGGGGCGGCAGUGUGCUACAAAUGGCAGGAAUCCUCCCUGGGUUUCCAUGGUGACAGCUGUUGGUCCCAGAAUUACAUUGUGUGUCAUGUCUUCAAGACGUUCAAUAUAAUAACGAAACCAUUAUUGUAUGAGAUUUGGGGUUCAUUGCCGUGCAUACCGUACGUUAUCACCUGUGUCUGUAAUUCAUCAUUUAAAGAGACACUUGGGAGAUUUUUGCCCAACCGAAUAGCUAACUGAACAUUUCUGUAACUAAAUAUGACAUGUUUUCUUAAUUCCACUGCAUCAGCAUUCACUUGGCUGACCCAAUGAGAAACCGGUAAUGCUUCAGAGAAGUGACAGUAGUUCCCUUAAAUGGUGAUUUGAUUCUGACAUUGAGGGUCUAUAACCUCCUGGGUGAUGCCCGUUAUGUCACGACGUAUUGUUACAGGACCAGUCUUUAUAUCAGUGGAUGGCCUGGACAUUGGUAGACCAGGUCGACAGUGCACCUACAGUUUACGUGUUACAGAAAGCUGGGAACUAUGGGAGAGAAUAGACAAAAGAUAAAUACUAGUGCAACCAUUUCAAUCAAAGCUGCAUUCUGAUUGGAUGCCUGGAGUCUUCAACCAAUCCGAGCACAGCAAGAAUUCGACUCAAUAGCAGAUUUCCUGCAGCUCGAAAGGUGAGCUGCGUAACUUUACAUAAAUAUUCUGCUCCCCUAAAUGUGCUCAUUAGAUAAUACAGGGUGUCCUUCUACCUGUCGGGUGCAGGUCCUUAAAUGGAGCAUGUUUAUAUGACUCUGAAGGAAACGCCGGAAGACGGCAGACACUUUACUCGUUUCAUGAGAACCACACAAUCAGGCCGCCUUACGCUAAAUACUUCAGGAUCAGGGGUGGGGCUGCUUGCCGCAUCUGUUUCCUGAAUGGGUUAAGCACUAAAGGAUAAAAUCCCGAACUAUUUCUAUUAUGUUAUAUUUCUAAGCAGUUUUAAAUGGAAAAUUUGUGAUUAUGUUUCACGUCUCCCAGCAUACAGCUGGCCUUGAAACCCACUGAGUGUAAUUCUCAGGUUACUACGCACUGUUGGCUAAUGAGAGCCACCUGGCUACUUAAUUGGUUACCUGAACCCAAAUAGGUUUAGCAAGUAGCAUAAUUAGUUGCAGAUUAUGAUAAAUUUCAUAUAAAACAUCACAGAUCACUAUUCGCGUAAUGUACGACAUGUCGGUAAGGAAUCUCGAUUUCUCCAGCCCAAUAUCAUAUCAUUGAAAGCUUUGUGUUCUUCUCUGAGUGCUGGAAAUGGCCGGUUAUUGUAGAGGUUUGUCUUGGUUGUGUCCAGAGACACAGCUCCUACAUAAUCUUUAUUUUCAGAUACGUUUAUUCACUGCAGUAUGAAUUGUCAGGAAUUUAAAUUGAGGUUCAAAUAGAUGAAAUGGAAAAUUUUUAAGCAGUUUUUACUUUUAACAUUGAAUUGCCAACAAUUGAGUAACCCUGCCUGAAAUUAAUGUAUGUGCGUGUCUAUAUAUUUGUACUUUCUAAAAAAUAAAGCGUAUGUGAUUUACUUUAAUCAGAGUUAUUUUCGGCGCGGCCCAGGUGAGAAGGAAGUGUCUGCUAAUAGCAAUGAGGAGGGUUAAUAAUAAUUAGCUGUUGGUUUCUCCAUGUAUAUGAGAUACAGUUUGAUGUUAGAGAGAUGUUUCUGACCCUUUCUUACACCAUGCUUUGGAGGCUGGGAAAACUGACCUCUACAUUUAGCUACUUGUUCUCUUUUUGGAGAGAAAGUGAGCGUUGCUAUAGAAAGGACACACUCAUUCUACACAGAGGGACAAAGUGUAAUUAUUUAGACCUGAAUUAUACUGGAUUCUGUCUGUGGUUUAUUUUUUAAUAUUUUUAUGCUCUCUGCUGAGGGAACAGUAUGUCAAUAAAGCUGGCGACCUCACUGACUCUGGUGUUAUUUAUGCUUUUUUCUGUCUUAUACAACCACCUGACUGCAAGCAGGAUUCAAAGAGGCUUUUGAGUAAUAGGUGCAGUGGGAGUUGGAGUACACAGCAGUCUGAGUGACCAUCUGUGGCUGGGCAAAAUCUGAUUGGCUUUUAGAUGUGACAUUUUGUAUAAACAGAUAAUGAAAGAUGGUGGCUGCAUUGUUUCCAAUGUAAG